AUGCACCCGGCCGUCUCCAUACUUGCCGAUAAUGUCGUCAAAUACCACCACCUGCUCGCCCCGCUGCUCUACACCGUCCUCGCGGCUGUCGCAAACGUACACACACCGGUCCAGCAUUCGCUGCUCAUAACGACGAUAUCCUGGCUGAUAGUAUGGGUGCCGACUGUCUUCUGGGUGGGCAUAUAUUCAAACAGCGACAGCGCCAAGAGGAAGACGAGCUGGCUGGCUGGCGCGCUGCUUGGUCUGUCUGUGAUAUGCGACCGCGCGGCAUGCGAUAAGCAGGGCAUCUGGGCGACCAAGGCCCUUAUUCCCUUCUUCACCGUCCUGUUCUCCGAGAACCAAUUGGUCGCAAAACACCUCGCCCUACCCACCUGGACCGUUCUCGAUGGCCCUGCAGCCGAGACCAAGACCUCCCCGGAGCGACAGCCUCAUACCGAACCAUAUGGGAUACUAGCAGUUCUCGUUGUCUCUGCGAGCGCUGUUCUAGGCGUCUACGCAGUUCCUACCACGGUCGCGCUUGGUGUCAGCAGUGCCAUCUUCGCGGCUACUGGCCUCGUCCUGUUUGAGUCUACCAUACAAGCCGCGACAGAAGAGGGCGAGGGCGGCAAGCGAGGACUUGGGUCUGCGAACGGGAAUAUGACCAAGGGUCAUCCGGCUGCGCAAUUGAUUGACGCAGCCGAGGCAGACUUCCAAGGCACUCUUAACCGACAAUCCAAGUCUCUCGCUGAUGCGGUUCGAGAGUACCGACGCAGGAACGGGAUCUCGCCACCUCCGCACUUCGACAAAUGGUACGAGUUUGCGACGCGCAACGGUGUUGUGAUGAUAGACGAAUACGACACGAUCAAUGAGAUGUUGCUACCGUUCUGGGCGCUCAAACCAUCAACGAUUCGGUCGCGCAUUGCGAAUGCGUUAGGUCAUGAAGACAGCUCAAUGCUUGCAAUUGCGAUACGCCAUGGCGCCGUGGAGAACUUCCAAGGCGGCGAUGAAUGGCAACAACAGGCUACCAUUGGCAUGAUGAAGCAGUUUGUCCAGUAUCUGCCCGACAUGGAUCUGGGCUUCAACUUGCACGACGAACCGCGAGUCGUUGUGCCCGACAAUCUGUUGUCGUCGAUGGUGGCAAAGGCGAGGGACGAAAUUCUACCGCGUACUGCGAAGAACACCGCACCUCGCAAUGCCUUCUCCGCUCGUCCAGAAGACUUGAGUGAUGGUACACGAUUUGCCGAAGUUAGCACGACCAAGUUCAAUCGCUUUGCGCAUCAACAGACAUGGACGCAUUCGCGGCUAUCGUGUUCUCCUGGCACUCAGGCCCAAACCUUCGAAGACUACGCUGCCGACAACUUCACCGCGUAUGCCGCCAGCGACCUUGGCUUCAUCUACAAUACGACUGCAUUUUCCGACAUCUGCAACUCGCCCUCUUUCUCGUCAACGUUUGGAUUUUUCGAGCGCCCCAACGCCUUCAGUAUCAUCCAUGAGCUGACACCCGUCUUCUCGCAGUCGAAGAUUUCCAGCUUCCAGGACAUCCUAUACCCCAGUCCAUGGUACUGGAUGGGCAAAGUAGGCUACGAUGAGACACACGACACGACCUGGGAGAACAAAACCAACAGCCUCUACUGGCGCGGCUCCACAACAGGCGGUUUCAGUCGCAACGGCGGCUGGCGACGUCAACACCGCCAGCACGUCGUCCAACGCCUCAACGCCCCCGAUACCGCCAAAGUCCUCGAACCCGUCUCCAACCCCACCUCAACCUACGCCGUAACCUCGAUCGAGCGUAAAGCCCUCAAAGACCUCAUCGACGUCCACUUCUCGCACAUCGGCCAAUGCGACCCCGGCGACUGCGACGCCCAAAACGAAUUCUUCGACGUGACCGAACGCGUCGACGGCCAAGACGCAUGGUACUACAAGCACCUCCUCGACAUGGACGGCAACGCCUUCUCCGGCCGCUUCUACAGCUUCCUCAAGUCCCGCAGUCUGACCUACAAAAUGGCGCUGUUUCGCGAGUGGCACGCAGAGUGGCUACGACCAUGGGUGCAUUAUAUCCCCCUCUCCCUCCGCGGCGACGAACAUCUCGAUCUUGUACGGUGGUUCAGUGGUACACAGGUCUUUGACGAUGACGGCGAUGGGGUUGUUGAGAGAGUCAAGGCGGAUGGAAGCAAGAAGGGUGGGAAUGGCGCGAGUGAGGGGGAGAAGAAGGCGCGGCUUAUUGCGAAGAGGAGUUCUGAGUGGCAUGAUAGCGUGUUGAGGAAUGUGGACUUUGAGGUUUGGUUCUUUAGGUUGCUGUUGGAGUAUGGGAGGGUGGUGGAUGAUAAGAGGGAGGAGAUUGGGUUUGCGGGGCCGUAG